GCGGUAAAAGCCUUCAUCUCAAGCUUCACUCCCUCCUUUCGAUCAAAUGCUAGGGUUUCUCUUCUUCAUUGAUGCUUCUCCGAAUCUCCAUUCGGGUUCCCAGGAUCCCACCAUUCGCCUUUUUCUCUACUCUCCAAUCCCCAUCUCUCACCUCCUACCUCACCGACGUCUGGGGCCUCUCACCGGCCGCCGCCAUUGCUGCCUCCUCCAAGCUCAGCUCCAUCUCUGAUUGGAAUAGGGUCAGCACCAAGAGCAAACCUGACUCCGUCCUUGCCUUCUUCCGAUCCCAUGGCUUCACCCCAUCCCAGAUCACCAAGGUCAUCUCCAGGUACCCGCGCUUCCUCCUCUCCGAUCCCGCACGGACAUUGCAGCCAAAGAUGGACUUCUAUCUCCGCUCCGGCUUCUCCCCCUCCACUAUCACCAAGCUCAUCUGCUCCAACGUCGAUCUCUUGCGUUCAAGCUUGAAGAAACGAAUAAUACCUUCCUUUGAAUUCCUCAAGACCAUCCUCCACACCGAUGAGCAUGUGGUCGCCGCCGUAAAGCGCUCAACUUGGGUUUUCCAUGUUAAUCUCGGGAAGAAAAUGGCGCCCAACAUCGAUACUCUGCAUCGCAUAGGUGUCCCCACUGCCAAUAUUGCCAAACUUGCAAAAACCCACCCUUCAGUGCUCAUACAGAGCACCGGGCGGUUUGGAGAAUCACUUGAGAGGGUCUUGCGGAUGGGCCACUGCCCUGGUGAUGCUAUGUUCAUUAUCGCCCUCCAUUCAGUCUCUGCCAUUAGUGUGGCUACUUUGAAGAGGAAGUUGGAGGUCUAUAAGAGCUUUGGGUUGCCAGAAGACAAGAUUGUCUCUCGCGUGAAUCAGAAGCCCAUGAUUGUGAAUCUCUCUGAGGAUAACAUCAGGAAGAGCUUUGGCUUCUUCAUGGAGAAGCUAAAAUGGGCUCCUGAUUUUGUGUUUUCCUCCCCUGUGCUUCUCACCUUAAGCCUUGAGAAAAGGGUUGCUCCACGGGUCUCUGUGUAUGAAAUUCUAGUAUCCAAGAAUUUGUGGGGAGAGAAACCAAUUGUCCCUCGGUUCUUUUUCAUCAGUGAUGAGAAGUUCAGUAAGAGAUAUUUGCUAAGUUUCCAAAAUGAAUGCCCUGAAGUAUUGGAGACUUAUAAGGCAAUGAGGAGGGAGUGAGUUUGAAUCUCACUCUGGAGAUGAAAGGCUAACUCCUUUGCUUCACUUCCAGGCCAGUUUUUCAUAUCCUGUUCUUUUCUCAUAUUCUAUUUGUUUUGGCUGUUGGUUUAGCAUGAAUUGGCAUAUCAUGGGCUACUGAUUGCUGUGAAAAGCCUGAUCAUACCAAUUUGAUUCUAUUAGCUUGUUUGAUGUUGUCAGGUUGACAUAGUCAGGGGAAAAAUGAAUAUUUAUUUCUAUGUGCAACACCAAUUCACAAAAAUUGUGCAAUUGACCAAAAUAUACCUGAGUGUAGGGAGUUUUCUUUGGCCAAAAUGAGACACUUGCUGUUCUUUGAUCA